AUGAACCAAGAACUCCUCCUCUGCGCCUACCGUCUCCAAGCCCUCGUCUCCCAACAACACUACUGCGCCCGUCACAUUGACGCCUCAUCUCGCAGGCUCCUCCUCCUAAUCACAUCCCUCCACGCUGAGCCACCAUUCCACAACCCACUUCCCGCCUCCAAGGAAGCCGUCGAUGCAGACCUCGAGUUUCUGGCCAUGGAGAUGUUUAAGAGUCGCGAGAUUUCGCUUCAUACCGAGAAAUUCAAGAGAGAGGUUAGGGAUGAUGUGAGACAGGAGGUUAGAGAGGCUGUUAGGGAGGAGAUGGCAGACAUUAUAUUUGAGAUGGAGGAGAGUAAUAGUGUGAUUGAGCAAGAGAAGAAGCAGGAUGAGGAGAAGGAGAGAGGUCUUAUCGAGUCGGCUAUUAGAGGAUAUCAGCGGACUAUGAUGGCUACUAAUUGGUAAGCAUUGGCUUUCCUUUUUGAUCCUUUUCUCAAGUUGUUCGGUUCAGGUUCUUCUUCUUUACUGAUGAACUUCCAUAUGUCGAUGGACAGUGA